GCGGGAGCGUGAGGGCGGUGGGGGGUUGUGUGUGUGGUGUCGGUCGGGAGAGGGAGCGGUGGGGGUCGGGCGUGCCUCACAGUCACUGCGCAGCCCCUCGGUGCUCGUGUCCCCAUCCCCUGUGAGGGCUGCCGGUGCCCCCCUGCCCGGCCCUGCGCUGCCACCGCCGCUCCCCCACGGGAUGCGGGCUCGGCCCGCCCCGCCAGCCCUGCCCCCCGCGCCGGCCGCAGCAUGAGCGCGGCGAGCGAUACGUACAUCCUCAUAAAAGACAUAAAACCCGGACUGAAAAACUUAAAUGUCAUCUUUAUUGUGCUGGAGAUCGGGCGAGUCACCAAGACGAAGGACGGGCACGAGGUGAGGUCCUGCAAAGUGGCGGACAAGACGGGCAGCAUCACCAUCUCCGUGUGGGACGAGAUCGGCGGCCUCAUCCAGCCGGGGGACAUCAUCCGCCUGACCAAAGGGUACGCAUCUCUGUGGAAAGGAUGCCUGACACUUUACACAGGACGAGGAGGCGAGCUGCAUAAAAUUGGGGAGUUCUGCAUGGUAUACUCAGAAGUGCCAAACUUCAGUGAGCCCAACUCAGAACACGUCGGGCAGAACAAACUGGCACAGGGUGAACAGAAUAAUAGUUCUGCAUCAAGUAAUAUGGGUUCUUGUACUUUCGGGCCAAUGGGAAACGGCUUACAAACUGGACCUGAAUCAAGCGGAUUUCCAUUUACAUAUAAUCACGGCCACACUUAUGCAGGUAGUGGGAGAGGCAAUGGACGAGGACCUGUAAAUCCAGCACCAGCUAAUAGUGUUCAGCCUCUUCCUGCUGUCAGUAAUGGGAGGGACCCACGCAGAGCCUUUAAAAGAUGACUAUGCCAAAUGUGGUUGUACAGCUUGCUUAAACUCUACACUCUACUUGAACACUUAUUGCACUUUUAUUUAUAGUUAACUGUGAACCAGUUUGUCCUUUACUGUUGUUUUUUUACCUUUUGGUCUAUGGAGCAAACUUGAUGUGAUCUAUUUCUUGUUUUGCUUAGGGAAGCACAGUGAGUCUUCCCCAUAAAUUAAGGGGGUAGGGGGAGAAGGUGGAUAUAAGAAAGUAAGGGUAAUGGGUUAAGAGUCUCAAAACUCAGUACCCUUUGCUAAACGGAAGAAAAUUUCAGUAACAUGUAUGUAUUUUUCUGUUUCUGUUGGUCAGCCAUAUAGCCUUAAAAGGUCUGCUAUGUCCUGUGCGUGCAUACGUUGACUUCCAUUAGGAUUAAUGGGAGCUCUUCGUAUUGGAAGAGAAAUGAGAGGGAAGAGCAAAGCUGCUCUAGUGAACUCGGUGUCCUUGGAAUGAAUAUAGCUUGUAAAAGCAAUAAGUAUAAGGAAAUGGUGGUGCCAGCACCUGGUGGUGUCUCCUAAAUCAGAGAAUGGGUAAUUCAGAUGAAAGUUGAAAACAUGGUGAGUGUCUUGAAGCUUGACUUCUGAUUCCAGAAUGGUGUACACUACUUUAAAAGAAAAACUCUCCAUAAACACCAUUAUCACUAUCAAGGAAAGUGACACUGAUUUCUUUGCCUUGGAUAGAAGCUUGGAUAUUCAUUCUUGCUUGCAUGAAAUGGCAGGAGAGGAGGAUCUAAAUUCAGACAGCACUGGAGAAUACGCUGUUUGUAGCCACUCCUGGUGUAAGCGCCCAGGGUUACUUUGCAGGAGUGUGAAUUUCCAGGAAAGAACUGUUUUCAAAUGCUGCAUUAACUAUCUCUUCAAUGAGGCUGCCUACUUCUCCUUCCUUCAUUCACUUUUCCAAAUGAAUUAUGUAUGAGAUGAAGCUGUAUGUGUGGAUUACAGAGGUACUAGCCAAGCACACAGCUACGUUUCUGAUGCUGUUAUGCUGCUAAGCUUUCCUUCCUCUCUUUUAUAUGAAAUGCGAAUUAUCCCUUAAAGAACUUAACCCCACCACCACCAUCUCCCGGGGAAAACAGCUGUGGUUUUAUUUCUGAGAUCACAAAUGCCUUGACUCUAGAUAAGAGUCCAGUGCCAUAUUUCAGAUCAGGUUCAAAAACAACUUGGAAGCUGAGGUGUCAUACUGGAUUCAUCUGUUUAACUCUUCUUAUAGCUGACCUCUUGAAUAAAAAAAAUUGCACUAACCAUUUCAGAAACAAAUCUAACUUUCUUUCUGUCAAGCCAUAAAGACUUCAUGACAAAAGGCUCUUUCUGAAUUGUGAGUUGUCUCUGUGGUUGUUCAUGUUAAUUGAAUCUACUACCAUGUCACUAAUGUUUACAAGUUAUUUACAUUUGAUACCUCUGCUUUGGUACUCUGUCACAAUGGUUUGUUGAAAAUUGCUUCUAAUUGGUAAAAGUUCCUUGCUUAAUCUGAAAUACUGAACUCUUUUUAAUGCAAGCAGCCAUGACAACAAACUUCUGAAAUUUGUUUAGAGAAACCUGUGUGCCCAGACACCUGAGGGAUGUUUGCCUCUGGUUGGUAAAGUGCUAUCCUGAGACUUGCUUCCAGGUGGAACUAGUGAAACUUGUCUUGGACACAAGAGGGUGGCAUGCCUCAUGAGAUCACCCAUGGGUUCUGUUAUGGAAGAACAGUGGUAACUGGUAAACCAGGAAGCACGCAAUGACUUCUGGGGAGAUGGCGUAAGGAGGUGAUAUGUAACUCAGGGACUUUAAAUUGCUUACUUAUUUAAAUAAGUCACGUGUAGUCUAGAUGCAUGGACAACCUCUUAUGCACUGUUGCAUUAAGACAUUUGAUAUGCUUGUGAGAAGGAAGCCAAGAGGACUUCUAAACCUGUGAAGUAUAUAUGACAUGUUCCAGAGGUAACUGAGGUGUAAGUAUGGUGUGAGAGCUGUGCUUUCCAGUAGUAGCUGUAAAGGUAGCAAGUGAACAGUUCAAGUGAUGGCACGGUGGGGACUUCAUCCUCAUUGGGGUAUGUCCACCAUGGAUCCCAAAUCCUGGUGGUCUUGGCUUCUCUACAGCAUAAAGCAGGUUGAAAUGGGGAGGAACCCUGUGUUAGUGUGUGCUGAGGUGCCUGAUGUUUGUAGUUCUAUGCAUUUGAGCUUUUAUUAAGCGAAUAAACAGAAUACUUGUUCACAAAUUCCAAAUAAAAAGUAAGAUGAUUACUGCUGAUAAGUGGCAUGAGAUUAAAAGCUUGCCGUCAAGUGGAUGAUUGAUUUGCAGUUGGGAGGAAAAAAGCAAGAGGCUGGUCUUCAUGUUCUCAAGGUUAGUAGCAUUCCUGCCUCCCUGUUUCUUAUGUGAAACUGUUUCAGUUUAUUAAUAAAUUUUUACUUCUUUGCAGGGGAAAUCUGUGCCCUGAAAAGUCGCAUGGACUUAAAGUAAAUAAUCAUAGUAAUUUUUCAAGAUCUUCUGAUCUUCCAGUGAACCUAAGACAAAGUUGUUUCCCUCUCUGAGGGAAGUGUCAAGAUAGUGAGUUCUCAGCUUGCAGAGGAAUCUGGGAGCCUGCCUUGCGUCUGUUUGGAUCAUACCACCUUGGUGUAUGGAGAGACACAGAUAUGCAUUUCUCUUGUGUAAACAAGCAGUUGUCAUUAAUUAUUCUGACACCAUGAGGCAGUUCACGGGUGCCCAGGGGUUAGGUCAUUAGGGAGUCUCUUUACAGAUGUCUUCCCGAGAUAUUAAAGGUAAGGCUGCAGUUAGAGUAGUCUCAUUCUAGAUAAUACAGAUUGCCAAAGGAAAAUCUGUAAGGUGUUCACCUCUCCAGACAAACGGCACCAUGCUGAAGUGCAGCUGGGCUCUCAUACGCUUGAGUCACAAGAUGCCCAGCUUUUGUCACCCCACAACAGCUCAUCUCCUCUUGCCUGCCCUAAUGAAAGGACUGAUGGUGGACUGCAGCAAUGUGGCAGCAGAGAGAGUUUUGCUCUCUGUCUGCUGCAGUCCUCUGUGUGUUCCUUCUCCAUACUCGGUGUCAGUCUUUCACCUUGAUCCCAAAAGUGGAAAAGCAGCCCUGUACUGUGAAAUACUGUCCUAAGCUUGGCUACGUGGUAGCGCCAUGCACUCCAUGCCCACAGUGAAAAUGGGAAGCUGCUGUGAGAGCAAAUAUAAAUGCUGGACCAAGGCAGGCGAUACAUAAUCUGCCUUCACAACUCAUUUAAUUAGCUUUGCCUGUCCUGUGCACUCCACUAAUGCUGCUUUUCAGCAUCACACAAAUUCCAGUAAGGGUAUCUGCAGCCAGUACUGCUUCUGUGGAGCUGCUACUGGUGCUAUGAAAUGUCUUCUCUACAUCAGUGCGGUCUGCACAGACAACACCCGUAGCAGCGUUGCAGGGAUGUCAGCCGCGUUCUGUCAGUGUGUGCAUUUCUUUGGGCAGAGGGGAGUGUUUAGCAGGCAGAUGCUGUUCCCUGUAGCCCAUUGGGGUCAGUUUUUCACAGAUGUUAACGCUUGUGUUUUGCUAAUGGCCUGGCUGUGCUAUGGUCAUCCUCUGCACCUCGUAACCGUACCCCCAGAACAAAGGAUCCUUUCCUGUUCUAUAAGGCAGUUUUCAUCAGCAGCUCCCUAAGUGUUUUGUUAGGACUAGGAAUUAGUAAAAGCAAUGGGGUUUUGAGGGUUUCUGGGCAAGUUUCCUGGGCUGCUUUAUGGCCUGUGUAUGCUCAGCUGCCCUGUUGUUCCCCCGCUUCUCUCAAAUGUCUAUAGGUUUGCCCUUUCAGACAUACUGUUCAUUCUCAACCCUUGAGCCAAGCAAUUAUUUGCACUGCUGAGAGUGGUCUCUGGCAGUGCUUUCCAAGGGGAUCCAGGGAGGUGCUUUGCUUUCUCCCGCAGCUCUUGCUAGUGGCUAGCUCUUGAGCUGGAGUUGGUUGAUUUGGGGAGUUUCCCCUUGGCCCACCGUGUGUCACGGAGGAGGUAGCAGGGCCGUGGCUCCGUGUCCUGGCUCUGUUAAUGGCUGCAGCAGAGCUAAGGGUGGCUGUGCCUGGGCCAGGCGCUCCCCCAGCUGGGCGAUGCCGUGGGGUGAGCCCGGCCCUGGCUGCCGGGGAGCCCUGGCCAGCCUGGGCUGAGUGGCCGGGAGCAUCCCCCAAGGAGGGGUUCUCCAGUGACCCCCAGCCCCUCCACACUGCAGCUCUGAGGCUGAUCCGGGAUGGUGCGUGGGUGCUGGAGGUGCUGGGCCCUGCAAGGCCCCUGCUCCGGGCUGCUGCCUUCGCUUGGCCGUUUGCAGGGGCUUGUGGCAGGAGCAGGUGCUGUGUUUGGGGAGCUCAGGGGAGCUCUGCUGGCCCCAGUGGCUUGGGUGGUAC